GGUUAGAUUUCAUAUUAAUAAAUUUAGCGUUUCAUCAGAACUAUCUUAUCAAAUAUAUUUGGAUAGUUAACAUAUUCCGAAAACCAGCUAAUGAUUUCCGUAAACUCGUACAAAAUACCUACCUACUUACUAUCAAUUGUGCAUCUAUCAAUGAAAUUUUAAGCCUUUAGUGACAACCUUAAAAAUAAUAAGUGCACUUAUCAAAACAAAUUCAAUAAAAAAUAACUUAAGUUUUCACAAAAUAAAAUGCUUGGUGCAAGGGAGGCGUUUCUUGCCGGAAUCGAAAUUUCACCAACAAUCAAGCCAAUGCAAGAUCAUGAUAUAUCCAAAACAACUAUUGAGACUAAAACUUCUGUUCAGCGCAGUACCCAAACAAAUGAUACAUAUUUAAGCCCCCAUUCAACAACAACAAAAAUUGAAAUGUUGGACAAAAAAUCUUUCGAAAAUGAACCCUUUUCGAAUCUACCAUCACGAGAACCAACAGAUUUGGAGUUCAAAAACCUUUCUCUAACUGUGAAUCUUGGUUUUAGAAAAGGAAACAAAGAAAUUCUGCAUGAUGUUUGUGGUAAAUUUCCCGGAAACCAGUUAAUUGCCAUUAUGGGGCCAUCGGGAGCAGGAAAGUCAACACUACUUGAUGCAUUAUCUGGGUUUAAAACAACCGGAGUAGAUGGUUCAAUACUUUUGAACGGAAGAAGGAGAGAUUUAAAUGCAUUUAGACGAAUGUCCUGCUACAUAACACAAGAUGAUCGCCUGCAACCUUUACUUACUGUUUAUGAAAACAUGCAAAUUGCUGCUGGACUGAAGUUCGGACCAAAUAUUUCCCCCGAAGAAAAGGCUGAAAGGAUUGAAAGUAUUCUUCUCUUACUUGGAUUAUAUCAGCAUGACCUUACACUAACAAAACGUUUAUCAGGAGGACAAAAGAAACGAUUGUCUAUUGCAAUGGAAUUACUAAAUAAUCCAACAAUAAUGUUCUUGGACGAACCCACAACUGGAUUAGAUAGCAGUUCGUGUUCCAAGGUUUUACAGCUUUUAAAAAAGUUGGCAUCACAAGGAAGAACAAUCAUUUGCACAAUUCAUCAGCCAACGGCUAAGCUGUUUGAAGAAUUUAACCAGGUUUAUGUCUUGUCAACAGGCUAUUGUGUCUACCAAGGUAGCACAAAAAAUCUUGUACCAUUUUUACAGACUGUACGACUGCCAUGUCCCAUGUAUCACAAUCCAGCAGAUUAUAUUAUUGAGCUGGCUUGUGGGGAAUAUGGUACCGAUAAAGUAGAAAUUCUUAAAUUAGCCACACAAAAUGGAAAAGUUUUACAUUGGUUUGAUAAACCUGAUCAAAUUUUAAAUGCCGAAGCUUUAAUAAGAAAAUAUCCCAUACAAAAACGAACAAACGCCAGAUCUCUAGAAGACACAACUUUUUGGAAUCAGCUAAAUAUUUUAAUAAAAAGAGGAUGGAUUAAAACGAAAAGAGAUACCACUAUGACACAUUUGAGAAUUGCUGUCAAUGUUUUUAUGGCAGUAAUUUUAGGAUUACUUUACUAUAAGGCCGGGAAUGAGGGAUCAAGAGUCUUGGAUAACUAUAAUCUGUUGUUUGCCAUAUUAAUGCAUCAUUCGAUGACAACAAUGAUGCUCACUGUUCUUACCUUUCCCAUUGAGAUGUCUAUUUUAUUGAAAGAACAUUUCAACAGGUGGUACUCGUUGAAAGCUUAUUAUGCUUCCAUUACAAUACUGGAUUUACCUCUUUCGAUAUUUUGUUGUUUUAUUUUUACUGCAAUGAUCUACAUAUGGAGUCAUCAACCAAUGGAAAUAGCACGAUUUAGUAUGUUCUUUGCCAUAAGUAUUAUGGUGGUUUUAGUUGGCCACAGUUUUGGUUUAAUAAUCGGUGCUUGGUUCAAUAUUGUGAAUGGUACCUUCCUGGCACCCGUUUUAACAAUUCCUAUGAUGAUGUUUGCCGGUUUUGGAGUUACGCUUCGUGACUUACCAUCUUACCUCGAAUGGGGAAGUCACAUUUCCUAUUUGAGAUACGGAUUGGAAGGAUUUGUAGGCGCAAUAUAUGGUCAAAAUCGUGAAACAUUAGAAUGUAAUGAAGCUCCCUAUUGUCAUUAUAGAUAUCCAAACAAAUUUUUGUCAGAAAUAACUAUGCAAGGAGAUUUGUUUUGGAACGAUUUAGGAGCGCUGACAGGAAUUGUUCUCAUUUUUAAAAUUGUAGCGUACUUUAUUUUAAAAGCAAAAAUUACUUCUGUAAAAUAAAAACAAAUAGUUAUGAAAAUAAUUUGUUUCAAAUUAAAGCUUA